CAAACGCCAAGCUGUGGACGCGCGAGAAGCAGCGCUGCGCUUUUUUUUCUUCUUCUUUUUUUUUGUGUUCUUGUUGGGUGUCCCGCAUGAGAAGAUAAUAAUUUGUGAGAGAUAUUAAAGCUCCUUGUCCUGUCUGUCAGGAGAGGGAAGGGACGGGACCUCUGCGCUGCGCUCGCGCUGAAAGGACAGAGGAGAGAGAGAGAGGGAGAGAGAGAGAGGAAGGGGAGGAGGAGGAGGAUAUUUUACGCACAGCGGCGCAGACUAACCCUGUUUUACAGUAUCUGGGAGUCUCCUGCUAAGUGCGAGACUUGGUCUCCUGCUCGUCUGAUUUGCACUUGCCCCAGCCGGCGGUCGUCCCGGAAUGGAUUCCUUCAUCCUCGUAGCAGCCCUGGCGCUGGGCUCCCUGUGGGCUCCAGCCUCCGCAGACAAAUGGAACAGCAAAGCGCGGAGUUGUUCGGAUAUCAGGCAGUUUUACUUCGGGAAAGGAUUCGCGCUGGAUGGAGUCCCCCAGUCCGAAAUAUCAGGAGAGCACCUGCGCAUCUGUCCUCAGGGCUACACCUGCUGCACCAGCGACAUGGAGGACAACCUGGCCGCGCUGAGCCGCAGGGAGAUGGAGGGGCUGCUCAAAAACGCCGGCCGCUCCCUGCAGACCUCGCUGGCCGGCCAGUACAAGGCCUUCGAUGGUUACUUCCUAGAGUUGCUGAACCGCUCUUCGAUUAGCCUGCAGGAGACUUUCAUUCCAACUUGGGGCUCUCUGUACUCCCAGAAUUCCCAGGUCUUCUCCGACCUGUACACGGAUUUGAGGCACUACUACCGAGGCUCCAACGUCAACCUGGAGGAGGUGCUCAAUGAGUUCUGGGUGCGGCUGCUGGAGAAACUCUUCCACCAGGCAAACAAGCAAUAUUUUAUAGGUGAAGACUACCUGGAGUGUGUGUCUAAGCAGAUAGAAACACUGCGACCUUUCGGAGAAACCCCCCGAACGGUGAAGACCAUGAUCACUCGCACAUUUGUGGCCGCCAGGUCAUUUGUUCAGGGGCUGGUGAUCAGCGGAGAGGUGGUCCGAAAAGUCUCCCAGGUGCCGCUGAGCCAGGAGUGCAUGAAGGCCAUGAUGAGGAUGACCUACUGUCCCCACUGCCGCGGCAUGGCCUCCGCCAGGCCCUGCGCCAACUACUGCAGCAACGUCAUGAAGGGCUGCCUGGCCAACCAGGCGGACCUCAACACCGAGUGGAGGCAUCUGGCAGAGACCAUGAUGCAGGUGGCCGACCGGCUGGACGGAGCCGCGGGCGUCGACAGCGUGAUCCUCGCUCUGCCCUACCGGAUAUCUGAGGCCAUGGCCACCAUGAUGGACAGUAUAGAGAACAUCAACAGCAAGCUGUUCCAGGCGUGUGGAAACCUCCGGGCCGGAGGGACCAGCAGCACGGGGGAGGAGGACAGCGUGAAGCGGGGGAAGGUCGCGGCGGAGGACGGGCUGGAGGCCAGCUCCGGCAAGAUGGAGAAGCUGGUGACCGACGUGACCAUGAGGCUGAGGGACAUGCAGCCGUACUGGGUUUCCCUCCCGAGCGUCCUCUGCAGCGACCGAGUGGCCACGGGAACCGGGGCCGAGGACAAGUGCUGGAACGGCAUGAAUCGAGCCAGGUACCUUCCGGAGGUGAUGGGCGACGGCCUCGCCAGUCAGAUCAACAACCCCGAGGUGGAAAUCGACAUCACCAAGCCAGACAUGACAAUACGCCAGCAAAUAAUGCAGCUGAAGAUCAUGACGCACCGCCUGAAGAAUGCGCUCAACGGCCAGGAUGUGGACUUUCAGGACACCAGUGACGACGUGAGCGGUUCAGGAAGCGGCAUGUGCACCGACGACUCGUGCUCCCGAAGCCCCCGCCUGGUGGCCCCGGCCACCGACCGGCCCGUGCUCUACCCCUACCUCCCCGAAAACAAGGAGGUGAAGGGCUCGGCGGCGCGGCGCCUCCCCUCCGUCGCCUCCUGCCUGCUCCCGCUGCUCCUCCUGCUGCUGCGACUAUAAUCCUGAAGGAGGCGUGGAACCAACCGGGACUGAGUCUAGGGGGGGGGGGGAGUUCAAACAGGAGGGAGGAGAAGCUGGGGGAUUAGUUACUUUUGCCAAAACUGAAUAAGUUUAACUAAACAACAACAAACCAGUCGCUCGGAUGGACUUCCUUUGGUUUUGGAUUAGAACAAAAUGGAAAUUUCACUUCAUCAAUGUUUCUUGUCUUCUCCUCUCAGUAUAUUGACGACUCCGUUAGAGCUGGUCUUUUUUUCUUUUCUUUUUUUUUUUUUUUUUUGCAUCUUCUUCGGUUUUCUCUCUGGCGUUUGGGACUGGACGUGUGGGAGUGUUGUGGUCGCCGUCCGUUGGUGUUGACACCACUGAGAGAGUCGGAAUGCAGCCUUGCGGUGGCACGUCUUAAAAUUCCCCUGAGGAUUAUUUAUUUAUCGACUGAUAAUCAAUAAAACCCCAAACUGAUUUAGUCACACAAAGAUAUUUAUAGAGACGCAAAAAUUCACAGAAAGCAGAAGCUGAAAGUAUUAAAGCGGCGAUAACGUUUGAAGGAGGAUAAUCUGGACUGCAGCAGACCUCCUCAUGCAUUAAGCCUCACAGUAUCCUUACUCUCUCUCUCUCUCUCUCUCUCUCUCUCUCUCUCUCUCUCUCUCUCUUUCUCUGCAUCAGCACUUUUUGCCAUUUCAUCAUGGAGGCUGUAAUAACAGCCCUGAUCACAUUUACACUGACAUGAUGGUCUGACAUGAGAGGAACACGGCCCGUCGUCCCCCCCCUCCAUCCGUCCACCCAUCCCAGCAUCCCCUCCGCCCCCUGCUGAGGCAGUCCUCCCCCCCCUCCCUCCCUCCCUCCUCCGCCCCCCGCUGGCAGUGUAGCACCACCUCCAGAUUCGUAAAGCCCCCGGUCUCGGAUGACUCCCUCCACAUGAUAUCUGCGGAUUCGGGGGUGUCGGUGUCCGAUCGGCCUCACGCUGAGCGACUCCUGUGAUUUUUUUUUUUUUUUUUUUUUGGUAGCAGAACAGAAACGUACACAGAAGCAGAGACACUGCAAUCUUGCUGCACUUUUCUUUUUCUUCCCUCCAGUAAUCCUUCUACGAUCACGAAACGGAGCAACACUAUAAUAUGCAUAAUUUCCUGUGUACCCUGAGAAGGUCCAGUGAUCCUGUGAUUAGUAACAUUACUUCAGUGUCAAAGGUUUUCCUGUGUAAUUACAGCGAUGAUUCAUUUCACAGAACCAGCCGCACCGUGCACGUCUUUGAAAAGUACUACUAUUUCUAUGGCGAGACAAAACAUUGUACAUAUUUUUGAUUGCUUCUUUGUUGUUGUUUUCUUUUUUUUUUCCUAGAGAAAAAUAGUCAGUCAGGCACCAACAUUUUCUAAGAGGUCAGACCAUAGUUUUAUUUGCCCUCAUCUGUCAGAGUAUCUGCAUCUGCAACUUUUCUAUAUCAGUGCCUCUUUUCUCCCCAGCCCGUCUCCCGCUACCCUUUUCCCCCCCGCUCAUCAGUUAUAAUGACCUUUAAAGCUUCUCCAUGACGGCAAAGGCAAUACGACAAUGACACAGCGCUUCAUUACGUGUCGUCCUGACUGGGAUUGUUGUGGGAACACAGGAAGCACGCGGCGCAUUUUAAAACCCAGACGUGUGGGAGGAGCGCCGCGUGCGGGCUGAUGGGACAAAUGCUCGCGCGUGAGUGUGUACUUGUGUUUGAUCGACAGAGGCAAAAAAAAAAAAAAGGGGGGGGGGGGGGACGGACUUCAGAGCGUUUGUAAAUCUGGUUUGGACGGCGCGGCGAGGAAAUCUAUUGAAAUGCAUCUGGCUAAACUUGUGUGAUGGAGUGCCAUUAAAGUGACAGCAAUGGGAGACUAAUAUAGCUCAUUUUUCAAAAAUAGUAUUAUCCAGCUCCUGCUAUCAGAGCUCACGAGCUGUAUUGAUGAUAUCUGUGCUGUCAGAACUGCUCGUGGGCUGCGAGAUGGAAGGUGCAACAGUCUUCUUUUAAGUAUGCCUUUCCUUGCGUUGCGCACUGGUACAAUCCACUCCGGCUCAUGUUGUUAAAAAUAAUCUAUAUGCAAGCAGACAGCCGCUGAUACCGCAGACCCGUUCGGCUCGGCCAGGGCGCGAGGAGAACACGUGUCAGGCUCUUCGGAGAGGCUUGAUUAGUGAGCGAUGUGUUGCCGUGUGAGCGCGCCCGUCUGUCCGCCCGUCCCUGAUGAAGGACUCUGCCUGUGACUGCCUUCCAGACGCUGAGACUCGAAAGAGAGAGUUAUUGUGAUCUCGGUUGUUCCGACGGGGAUGGGAAAACACACUCUUUGACAGUUUGCGAGCGCGCCGCAUGUCGCUGACCCCCGGAGGGAAUUUCUGAAUAUGAAUGUGAAAGUAAACACACGCGGGCCUGUAAAGAAUCAGAAAGUUCUCCAGCUGUGAUGGUGACAUUCCAGUUCAAAGAUGACUUUAGACUCACAGCUUCAGCUUCAGUGACGGCCUCACAAUGUCAUGGGCUGAAAUUUGCACACACACACACACCGCCCCCAUCCCCCACCCGCUCCUCCUUCACUUUUUGAUCUCAUUAAUUUGUUGUUCAAAGCCCCCCCCCCCUCGUCCCCUCCCUUUUAUAAAACCUGCACUUUUAUGAGGCCAAUAAAUGGCAUUGUCUGCACAAAGACAUCACAAGAUGGUCGAUCGAUGCGCGAGUCAACACCUUCCAGAAACGACUAUUGAUUGGGGAUGCGUGCGUGUGUGUGUGUGUGUGUGCGUGUGUGCGUGCUCGCGUGUGUGUAUGCAGAUAGAUAUGGCCCAGCGAGAUGUCUCCUGUUUGACAGUGGUGGAACGGUGUAAAUAAGAAGGCCGUGGGUUUGAGGCCGGGCGUCCGGCCUGCCUUCACACGGCGCCGCAAAGCUGAUUAUUCAACCAACUUUAUUCAACACUGACUUCAGAAACGGAGGCAUUUCUGAAAGGAGCCAAUUUACCAGGGGGGAAAAAAAAGUUAUUUUUUCCUGUUUUAAUUGACAUUGGUUUUAUUGUUAUCAGAAAUCGAUGGAAAGUUUGUUCUUAUGGUGACGACAGAUGCCAGAAAAGAGGUUGAAAAAAAAAAAA